CUCAUCAUUCUUGCCCGCCUGAUUGAUUGUGUUGAGACAAAUUAGGCGUUGAAAUGUACAACAAAUUUGACAGUGUGCUGCUGGCCCAGAAGAGGUUCAUCUACAACUACAAGAACGUGCGUUGGGCCAAGGGCCGACACGAAACCUACUUGUGCUUUGUGGUGAAGAGGAGGAAUGGACCUAACUCACACUCUUUGGACUUUGGACACCUGCGCAACCGGUCCGGGUGUCAUGUUGAGGUCCUGUUCCUGCGCCUCCUCGGGGCGGGGGCCCUGUGUCCGGGCCUGUGGGGCUAUGGAACCCCAGACAGUGGGGGGCUUUGUUACUCAGUCACCUGGUUCUGCUCCUGGUCCCCCUGCUCAGACUGCUCCUAUAGGUUGGCCCAGUUCCUCAGCCAGACCCCCAACCUUCGCCUCAGGAUAUACGUCUCCAGGCUCUACUUCUGUGACCUAGAGGACAGCCUAGAGAGAGAGGGGCUCCGACUUCUGCAGAGAGCUGGGGUGAAGAUCACUAUUAUGGGCUAUGAAGAUUAUUUCUACUGCUGGCAUACCUUUGUGGCGUGCAGAAAUAGCCUGUUCAAGGCUUGGGACGGUCUGCACCAGAACUACGUUCGACUGGCCAGGAAACUCAACCACAUCCUCCAGCCUGGUGAGGCAGAAGAUUGGAAUGAUGCAUUCGAGAUCCUGGGACUGUGAACCUGCCUCUCACUGACACUGUCAUAGACAUGGAUAGGCUAUAUCGAUGUCAUGUACAUCCUUGCACUGGUGCUAUCUGCCAAUGUUCUACUGUAAGGACUACUUCCAUCACUGUGAAAAAUGGGAAAACUUGAAUAGGUCAACUGUAUACUGUCUGAAUGCUCUGUGAAUAGCAUUUUAAUUUGCCUA